UGUCGCGGCCCUAUUUAAAAUUAGCUUUUAAUUUUUAUUCAUUUAUUUAUUAAAUAAUGGAAAAUAAAUUGGAAACAAAUGUUGCGGAUGAGGAAUUACCUUGUACGGAAAAUCAACCUAAAAGUAAAGAAAAAAUCAAAUCUAUGUCCAAAGCCAAGAAGAUCCCUUUUAAUCUACAAGAUAAUAAUGGAAACAUUUUAACGAUACAUCAUACAAUUAAGGAAAAUGAUAAAAUUCUGCGUAUUGUGAUUUGUGUGGCUUGCUUUGAUGUGCGCGGAUUGCAAUUGGUGGCUUUGGACAGUAGGGGUACAACGUUUGUAUUUGAUUUUUCUACCAAACGCUAUUGGCGGCACAAGGAAAAGUUUUCCAAACCAAGUGCAAUAAAGGCAGCUAGGGUAUGCAACCAAUAUGUUGUAGGCAAUAAAGAAGGAUGUCUGGUGUUAUUGGAUGUGGAAACAUCCAAGCUUAUACAUUCUGGAAAAAUUUCGGAGGACCCCAUAAAUGAGAUCUCUUACCCAGGACAACCUUUGGAACCGAAACAUUUAGCUUUAAUACGUACCGGUCAAUCGGCAAUUCUUAUAGAUUUAGACAACUUCACCAGCACACAUCGCUUGGACUUUGAUAAAUUGCAGAUGUCCCUAAAGUUUUCCUCGUAUCUUCCGCAGUCGGAAAAUAUUUUAACCUGUUUCAACAAUGAUUCUUUGCACAUUUGGUCUGGGGUGACGUUGGAAGUGGUGCGCGUGGUUCAUCCAUUGCGGCAAAGAGAUAAAAAACUACAAAUGCAAACAACAGCGUUGGAAGCAAUGCCGGAAUUUUCUUUGGACUUCGAUCAAUCCUUCGGUACGACGGCAGUAAAUACCAGCCUGUGCGAUGGGUUAAUUUCGUCAUAUGCAUAUCAACAUGAUGGUUCUUCAUUGGCCUUCUCCACAUGGGAUGGCUAUUUAUUAUUCCUUAGUCCCUAUACAUUUGAGCUGGUCUCUAUGAUGCGUUUAAAGGAUUUCGUUUUGCAAACCAUAGCUUUGAUGAGUAAACCAAAUGAUAGCUUUUUGUUGGGUUUAACAAAUAAAGCUCUGGUUGUUCUCUUGGAUUGUGCAAAUAUUGAAUUCAAAUUAAUCGUUGAAAUGGGCCCUGUAAGAGCAUUUCAAUCCUCAUUGGAUAGCAAACACUUGGCGGUAUGUCGCGCCACAGGAGAACUAUCAGUGUGGUCAUUGUCUCAUCUGGUGACCGUACUUAAAUCGCAAAGACAAUGUAUGAGCUUAUUACGCGAUGCCUUUAAGCAAUCUAAGCCUCUUAGAGUGCCAACCACAGAGACUGAGGGGAAAUUCCAGGAGGAAGUUAAAAAACUACUUACCCCCCAUAGAUUACAGCAAGUGCUGCAAGAAUUCUAUUGCUAUCCUGGAAAGUAUCGCACAUUAAUAUGGUGCUCCUUGCUUAAGCUUCCCAACAAUAAGGCGCAAUAUCAAGACCUUGUGCAAAUGGGCAUUCCCCAAAUAAUAGCCCAGAGAUCUCGCGGCAUACACAUGAAGAAUGAAACUUUAAAGCGAGCUUUGAUCAAAAUCUGGUCCUGCUUGGGUCAAUGGUGCAAAGUUUUGGCCUACAAUGAGAUAAUGCCCGGCUUGAUAUUUCCCUUUGUAAAAAUGUUCCAGCCAAAUCCCUUAAUAACCUUUGAAAUAUGCACUACAUUAAUAAUAAAUCAGUUUCAAUUGUUCUUUGAAUACCAUCCCUUGGAGCCUACCAACUAUUUGGGAUUUUGCUCAAACAUCUUGCAACAUUAUGACAAGCUUCUGUUUGAAUUUUUCAAAACCAAAGACGUCUCGGCUACAAUAUAUGCCUGGAAUCUUUUAAGAAAUUCUUUUAGCGAGGUGCUUGACGAAGAGCAAUGGAUGUGUCUAUGGGAUAAUAUUUUGUCAGCACCUGCUUAUUUUCCAGUAUUCAUAGUGGUUGCCUAUAACAUAAUGCAGAAAGAAGUUCUACUAAGACUGCCAGAUAAAUUUGUCAUAGAAAAUUUUUACCAUGAACAAAAUCCCAUAGAUGUACGUAAACUUGUGACAAAAGCCAAAAAGUUACAAGACACUUGUCCCGCAAAUUUACAUCCCAAGCGUUACAUGCAGGAUAUGCAAUACAUUCCUCCCAAUGUUUAUCCCAAAUUUCUCAAUUAUCCCAAUAAGUUUUUAAACAAAUAUGAGGAAAAGGUGUUGAACCUACAGACCAUUAAUACAGCAAUCGACACACGCAUGCGGGAUCUGGAGUUGGAGGAAUUGUUGGUAUUAAAACGUUUGGAAAAUGGUCUGCGGGAAGAGGAGCACACAAACCGUCUGAAAGAAGUUGAAAAAUAUUAUCAAGAUACACUGCGACGAGAGGAGGAGCGCAUUAAUUGCCAACGCAAAAUAUUGCUGCUAUAUCAGAAGGAGAUACGUCAGCGAAAGGGCGAGGUUGCAGUAGUCUUGCAAGAGGCAAAACAACGUAAAAAUGUGGUACAAAAAGAACAUGAAUUGAAUUCUUUGCAAUACUUCAUUGAACAAGAGCGCUUGCGUAAUGACAUAAAUCUAAUGUGGGCCGAGGAGGAGCUUCAAAAUCAAAAUAUGGAACUUUUAGCCCAAAAAACCCUGGAUCAAAAUGCUGUGCCAACACUUACCGAAAAAUACCAGGAGGAUAUUCAAAAGUUAUUACACGAGCAAAAUUUAUUGAACCAGGACCUUAAAAAGCUAUCAGCCCCUGAAAAGUCUAAAUCCAAAUCUAUGCCGAAAUCGAAAUCAUCCCGCAGAACGCUAGAUAAUAUUGAAAAAGAAUUUGAGGAAAUCCAAAGGGAAUUUCUAUCCUUAAAAACGGAACGUAAAACCAGCUAACAAUUGCAAAAAAAAAAUAAUCAUGCGACUCGAAAACUGCCUUUUGAAAAUAAACAAAGACAAAUGUACAUUUUGGUGGCGACUAAA